AUGAAGUCCUGUGUGCCUGUCGCCACAUCUCUUAAUCUCCUCCUUACCCUAGCCGCCGCAAGGGCCCAGGGCGGUGCGCAGACCGAUAAUGUCACGCCUACAAGCAUAGAACUCGUCGGAACACCCGACGACUCAAGCGCCACGCCCGGGAGUACAGACUUCGAUUCCUCAGCAUCCAGCUACAGCUGGUCCAGCAGUUCCGGUCUCCCGUCAAGCUACAGCUCAUCCGUCAUUCUCGAUAUUUCCAGCGACGUCUUGACUCCGUCUGGCUCGUACAGCUCCAACAACGUUCUGACCCCGUCUGGCUCGUACAGCUCCAACAACGUUCUGACUCCGUCCGGUUCAUACAGCUCCAGCGCUGUCUUGACUCCAUCCGACUCUUACAGCUCCAGCCCCGGCGUCCUGACUCCAUCCGGCUCUUACAGCUCAAGCAUUUUGACUCCACCCGGUUCUUACAGCUCCAGCGACAUUGGCAUUUCGACACCCGGCAGCAGCAACGAUGUUUUGACGCCCCUCACUCCCAGCGAUAGCGGCAGUAUCUUGACGCCGUACAGCUCUCUCGUUCCCAGUGCAAAUGGCAGUGCCAGUGAUUUAUCGCGUUCUGGAACUUUCGAUGUUUUGACACCCUCUGGAAGCAACGGUGUUUUGACACCCUCUGGAAGCAACGGUGUUUUGACACCAUCUGGAAGUAACGGUGUUCUGACGCCAUCUGGAAGCAACGGUGUUUUAACACCAUCUGGAAGCAACGGCGUUUUGACACCGACCGGCAGCGGCAGCAUUUUGACGCCACCUGGAAGCAACGGCGUUUUGACCCCAACUGGAAGCAACGGUGUUUUGACCCCAACUGGCAGCGGUGGCGUUUUGACGCCCACUGGUUCUGCCAGCCCUGGCGGCAGCGCUACAAAAGAAGGUGCAUUCAUAACGACCCUUAUCGCCAUCGUGUCGACGGACAUUACCAUCACCAAGUGCGCAGUAGCUACAGCCACUGCCUGCCCGACCAAGCGCCGCACCACCUACAUCACCAUUACUACUUGGCUCUACACCACCGUCUGUCCUGUUUCCGACGUCCCCAGCAUUCUCUCCUCCUUGAGGACGAGUCCGCCCCCGUACCCGGGCCCAACACCGACCGUGCCUGCUACAUUACCAGACGAGAGCGAGAUCGCUACACCCGGAACUCCCGGUCAGGCGCCCGUCAUCACUCCUCCAGGAACUCCCGAGGAAGGGUCCCGCUUCAACACUCCGCCAGGAACUCCCGAGCAAGGAUCCAUUGCCACUCCAGGAACUCCCGAACAGGGAUCCAUUGUCAUUCCCUCAGGAACUCCCGAGCAGGGAUCCGUUAUCAACAUCCCUCCUUCCGGGUCCGCGUUUGUCGGUACUCCUGUGACAUUCAACCCUCCUGGUCACCCGUACGAUCCCGGUCGGAUACUCUACACUCCUCAAGUGUCCGCCAGUGUCGGUUCUCCUCUGUUCAACGUCCCUCCUCUGUUCAACGUCCCUCCUUCUGUGUCCGCCUUUGUCGGUUCUCCACUGUUCAACUCCCCACCGGUCUUCGGCACUCCAGCACCCGCUCCCCCUGGUGUUAUUGUCCCAUGCGACGAUGAAAGCGGCAACAACUGUGUCAUAACUGCUCCUUCUAGACUGUCUAUGACCAUCACGGUCACAUGCACCCAAAUCAGCUGCGAGGACAUUAUUCCCGGUGCAACUCCUGAGAGCAACCCUCCCAGUGGUACUCCUCCAGCCGUAUCCCCGCCUGUUAUUGCCGGAUGCUCUGGUGGAAUUGGCAGAUGUCUCUUAAUAACUCCCCCUGGCCAAACUACGCCUGAAGUUGUCCCGUGCGACGAGCCAGACUGUAGUGAUGUUAGUGGCAAUCCUCGUCAGGGUGGUCCUUCUCAGGGUGGCGUUCCGGGUAUCGUAGUCCCCUGCCCUGAUGGAGACGGAAUCUGUCGUCAAUUCAACCCUGGACAAUAUCCUCCCGGUCAGUCUCCACCCGGUCAGUCUCCGCCAGGACAGUCUCCACCCAUUUUUGUCCCAUGCGGCAAACCUGACUGUAGUGAUAUCCCCUCUUUCUAUCCACCGGGUGUUUUCACUCCUGGCGAGUAUCAUCCCGGUCAAUAUGACCCUGGCGAGUACCACCCUGGUGAAUAUCACCCUGGUGAGUAUCAACCUGGCGAGUACCACCCUGGCGAAUAUCAGCCUGGCGAGUAUCACCCUGGUGGUCCUUCUCAGCCCAGUAUCCCGUCUGUUGUCAUUCCUUGCCCUGAUGGCAACGGCAGCUGUCGCCAAUAUAACAUCCCUGGAUCUCCUUCGCCCGUUCUCGUUCCAUGCGGCAAAUCCGACUGUCGGGACAUUCCCUCCAUCUACCCACCGGGUGGUUUCCCUCAGGGCGGCAAGCCCCCACAGGGUGGCUAUCCUCCGGAAGGUGGCAAUCCUCCGGAAGGUGGCAAUCCUCCGGAAGGUGGUUAUCCUCCGCACGGUGGUUAUCCUCCGCAAGCUCCUGAGGGCGGUUUCCCGCCUGCCCACUGCCCUAGCGGAGACGGCAUGUGUCGCCCGCUUAUAAUUCCUGGGUUGCCUGAACCUGUUUACAUCCCAUGCUACAAGCCCGACUGCAAGGACAUUCCUGCUGUAUAUCCUCCCAGUGGCCCCUCUGGUGGUUUCCCGCCUGUCUUCUGCCCUAACGGGCACGACAUGUGCCGCCCAAUGAUCCCUCCUGGAGGAUCGACGCCUGUCUUCGUUCCAUGCGGCAAGCCUGACUGCAGCGACAUUCCUGCCGUAUAUCCUCCAAGUGGUCCUUCUGGCGGUUUCCCGCCCGUCUUCUGCCCCAACGGAAUCGACAUGUGCCGCCCAGUCACUCCUCCUGGAGGAUCGUCGCCUGUUUUCAUCCCAUGCCACAAGCCCGACUGCAGCGACAUCCCUGAAGUAUAUCCUCCGAGUGGUCCCUCUGGUGGUUAUCCGCCCGUCUACUGCCCCAACGAAAACGACAUGUGUCGCCCAAUCACUCCUCCUGGAGGAUCGAUUCCUGUCUUCAUUCCAUGCGGCAAGCCUGAGUGCAGCGACGUUAUUCCGGAGUUCCCCCCGACUCAUCCCUCUGAGGGUGGUUCCCCGCCUGUGUAUCCCCACGGUCCGUCACCUGUUCCAUGCCCCUAUGGAGAGGGCAUGUGUCGCCCAAUUACUCCUCCAGGCAAGCCGGUGCCUAUUUACAUCCCGUGCGGUAAACCCGAAUGCGAGGAAAUUCCCGUUCCUCCACAUGGUGGCCCUCAGUUCAAUCCUCCUCAGGGUGGUUAUCCUCCCGUCGUCGCCCCGCCUGUUCCUUGCCCCAGUGGACCGGGCAUGUGCCGUCCAAUUACUCCUCCUGGACUACCUACGCCCGUUUAUAUCCCGUGCGACAGCCCCAAGUGCCACAAUGUUCCCCAGUAUCCCCAGGCAUGCCUGGCUAUCCCGUCGGCGUUCCUGGCGUUCCUAGCGGCGCACCCGGCAAAGGCGCACCCACUUAUCCCAAUGUUCCUGAAGGUCACCCAGGUUAUCCUGAAGGUCACCCGGGUUAUCCUAAUGUUCCUGAAGGUCACCCUGGUUAUCCCAAUGUUCCUGAAGGUCAUCCUGGUUACCCCAGUAUUCCUGAAGGUCACCCCAAUGUUCCUGAAGGUCACCCUGGUUAUCCCAAUGCUCCUGAAGGUCACCCUGGUUAUCCCAAUGUCCCUGAAGGUCAUCCUGGUUACCCCAGUAUUCCUGAAGGCCAGCCAGGUCAUCCUGAAGGUGCUCCUGGCGGUGUUCCUGGUGGACACCCAGGUUAUCCCAGUGGUGGCCCAGGUGUCCCUGGUGGUCAACCCGGUCAUCCCGAAGGCGCACCGAGCUAUCCCGGUGGUCAACCUGGCAUGCCAGGCGGCCAUCCAGGUGGUGCUCCCGGUGGCGCUCCUGGUGAACACCCUGAACUUCCCAAUGUCCCAUGCAACGUUCCCGGCGGCUGUCCCCACGGCAGUUAUCCUGAGGGCGGUGCACCUGGUGGUGCUCCCGGUGGUGGCUAUCCUGGUGGCGCUCCUGGCGGUGCUCCAGGUGGUGGUCCAGGCGGCUAUCCAAGUGGUGGUCCUGGUGGUGCGCCCGGCGGCGCUCCUGAGGGCGGCUAUCCAGGUGGCGCGCCUGGUCAUGAAGCUCCUGGUGGUGCUCCAGGCGGUUAUCCAGGCGGUGCUCCUGAGGGCGGCGCUCCUGGUGGACAACCCAUGCUUCCCAACAUCCAACCCAACAUCCAAUGCAACGUUCCUGGAGGCUGUCCUAAAGGUGGCGCCCCUGAAGGUGGUGCCCCUGGCGGUGGACCUGGUGGUUACCCAAGCGGUGGUCCAGGUGGUGCACCUGGUGGUGCCCCAGGCGGUCAUCCCAGCGGUGGUCCGGAAGGUUAUCCCAGCGGUGGUCCAGGUGGCUAUCCCAGCGGCGCUCCUGGCGCUUAUCCUAGCGGUGCUCCUGGCGGUGCUCCGGGUCAUGGCGCACCCGGUGGUGCACCUGGUGGUUAUCCUAGCGGUGCUCCCGGUGAAGGCGCUCCUGGCGGCGGUUAUCCAAGUGGUGCACCUGGUGGUGCUCCCGGCCAAGGUCCUCCAGGUGGCGCACCGGGUGGUUAUCCUAGCGGUGGUCCUGGUGGUGCACCUGGUCAAGGCGCUCCCGGUGGCGCACCUGGUGGAGAAUAUCCCAAGCCAAACGUUCUCGGCGGAGGUGCUCCAGGCGCUGCCCCUAGUGGAUAUCCCAUCAAUGCUCCUGGUGGCGCUCCCGGCGAAGGAGCUCCAGGCGGUGCUCCCGGCAGUUACCCAAGCGGUGCUCCAGGUGGUGCUCCGAGUGAAGGAGCUCCAGGCGAAGGCGCUCCACCUAAGAUUUCUCCAGCUCAACUCUACCCUGCUCCUGAAGGUGCUCCUGAAGGUGCCCCGGCUGAGGGUGCUCCUGAAGGUGCGCCCGCUGAAGGUGCUCCUGAAGGCGCUCCUGAAGGCGCUCCGACUUACGGCGCUCCUGCUCAGGGCGCUCCUGCUGAAGGUGCCAUUCAGAGUGCGCCACCUAAGAUUUCUCCAGCGGAACUUUACCCUGGCCAGGGUGCUCCGGCUCAAGGCGCUCCCGGUCAAGCUGCUCCCGGUCAAGGCGCUCCGGCUCAAGGCGCUCCUGCUGAAGGUGCUCCUGCUGAGAUUUCUCCAGCUGAACUCUACCCUGCUCAGGGCGCUCCUCAAGGCGCUCCCGCUCAAGGUGCUCCUCAGGGCGUUCCAGCUCAAGGCGCCCCAGCUCAAGGUGCUCCUCAGGGCGUUCCAGCUCAAGGCGCCCCAGCUCAAGGUGCUCCUGCUGAAGGCGCUCCUGCUGAAGGCGCACCCGGCGAGGGUGUUCCUCUAG